GGCGGUGUUUGUUUAUCAGCUUUCCCACCGCACGGACGUUGCCGCCACACGGGAAAAUUUUGCCUGAACGCUGAAAACGGAGAGAAAAACAAAUAAGUAAAGGAUAAAACGGUAGUAAGAUCAAGGAGAAAUGAUCCUAGAAGCGACACAAGAGGUCUAAAUAAGAAGACAUCACAGAGGAGUGGAUAUAAAGACAAAUUAGUUAGAAAUUCCACCUCUCCUGCUCCUCGGCCUAAAGAUGUGGUCGUGGUGUGGCUGCACGCUGACCAGAGUGAGGGCAGCAGGCUGGGUGUGCCACAGACUCAGCAGAGGAUACAGUACCUUCAGCAAGGGGAUCAGCAGGCGUGAGGAAGGCCGUGGGUCGAGGAGGCCAUGGGCUGCGGCUGGCGGGUCCCUGGUGGCGGUGGGUGCCCAUGCCGCCCGCCACGCCCCUGCCAAGUGUCUGCCUUCAGGGGGGCUGUUCAUGGACCUGGAGGAUGACAGGCUGCUGGAGGCCACCCCUAUGGAGAUGAACGAGUUGGCGGCGCUCACCCACACCUCGCUCCUGAAGCAGGCGAGCGGUGUGGCAGUGGACGCGGCCAUCCAGCUGCUGCACCGGACCCUGCGCGCCACACAAGACUUCUCCCAGCAACACAGAAAGCAGCUGCAGGAGGUGAUAGAGCUACUGGAGUACUGCACCGCCACCCUCCGCUACCCUGAGGAACAUGAUCGCUUGUGGGACCUGCUGGUGGUGGCGCGGGCGAGGGCGGACGCGUUGAAACACCAGCUUAGGGAUCUUGACCUCCUCAUGACCUACGCCUGCAGUGCGGUGGAGAACAUAGCCAUGGCAGCGUACAUCAGCGGCAGCGAGUUCUCAGCCUCGGCGGCGCGGCAGAUCACCGACAGCGCCAAGCUUGAGCUUAGAUCGGAUGAGAGGAAGAGGGAGGAGCUGGAGAUGCAGUACACCCUCACACACACUCACUACAUGGAGGCUGCACAGAAGAUGGUGGACGACGACGCAGCGGGCGGCACAGACGAGGCCGUUGAUGAUGAUGACGCAACGACGAAGGGUGGUGGUGAGAGGGACAGUGUAGAUAGAAAGGGGAAGGAAGAGAAGGAAGGGGAAGAAGAGGGAAGGAGAAAAGAGGGUAAGAGUGAUGAUGGUGGUGGUGAUGAUAGAUAGAUGAUAGAUGAGGAAGAAAUAACUGAUGAAUGGGAAGUAGGAAAGGGAAUAUAAGGGAAGAGGAGCAUUGAGGAAGAGAGGAAAAGUAAUGUUACAAAAGAAAGGUCAGGUCAGGUUAGGUCAGAAGAAAAGUUACUUGAUGACUGAUAUGCAAAAAGAGAUAUUGAGUAAUUUUUUUCAUAUAUUCUCUCUGCUCAGAUCGAAACCACAUCAUUUUAUAUAUUAUUGCAAUGUGGAAGUUUUGUUUAUGAUGAAUAGAUGCUCUCAUAAUCUUGA